UGAACGUGCAAAUGCGUGCGCAGGGAAUAUACCGUGUGAUUAAAGGUCGACAUAACCUCGCUGCUUUUCAAAUCGGCCCCAGAUACGUAGCAUAUGACAGGGUUCUACUCGUAAAAACCUCCGCUCGAUUGUAAUUAAAAAUCCGGGAGAAGUUCGGAGCAGAAUAAAAUGACAGAGGAUGUAAAAAUCGACACGUUGACACUGAACGGAAGAGCGGACGACGAGGACAUCGUGACACCUUGGGACGUUGAAACCAAGAAUGAGACUGGAAUCGACUAUGAUAAGCUUAUCAAGAAGUUUGGUAGCUCGAAGAUCGAUGGAGAACUCAUGGCCAGGUUCGAGAAGAUCACUGGUCAAAAGCCUCAUCAUUUCCUCAGAAGAGGAAUAUUCUUCUCUCACAGAGAUAUGCACACUAUCUUGAACCUUUACGAACAGGGAAAGCCUUUUUACCUUUAUACUGGGAGAGGACCUAGCUCAGACUCUAUGCACAUAGGACAUCUGAUACCAUUUAUGUUUUGCAAAUGGUUGCAAGACGUAUUCCACGUUCCGUUGAUCAUACAACUGACUGACGACGAGAAAGCGAUAUGGAAGAAUAUUAAAAUAGAAGAUGCAAUUAAACUGGCCUACACUAAUGCUAAAGAGAUUAUCGCGCUUGGAUUUAAACCAGAGAAUACGUUUAUCUUUUCUAACUUGGAACACAUCGGAAAUAAUCCUGCGUUCUAUCAAAACAUGGUCAGAAUACAGAGGAGCGUUACGUUUAAUCAGGUGAAAGGCAUUUUCGGAUUUGGAGACAGUGAUCCGAUUGGAAAGAUCUCGUUCCCACCUACGCAAGCUGCCCCAGCGAUUUCUAGCACGUUCCCGUUUAUUUUUAAGAACGCGAAGGUUCACUGUUUGAUACCGUGCGCUAUAGAUCAAGAUCCCUACUUCAGAAUGACGAGGGACGUUGCGCCAAGGAUUGGCUACCCGAAGCCUGCCCUGUUGCAUUCUAUAUUCUUCCCUGCCUUACAAGGCUCUAAGACGAAAAUGUCUGCCAGUAAUAAUAAUACAGCGAUAUUCUUAACGGACACGGCUAAGCAAAUAAAGAACAAGGUGAACAAACAUGCAUUCUCUGGAGGGCAAGCCAGCAUCGAAGAGCAUAGACAAUUAGGGGGCAACUGCGAAGUUGACAUAGCGUAUCAGUGGUUAAGAUUUUUCCUGGAGGACGACGAGAAAUUGGAGCAACUUAGAAAGGGCUACACGAGCGGGGAGAUCUUGACAGGAGAACUUAAAAAAGAAUUGAUCGACAUUCUGCAGCGCAUAGUAGCUGGUCAUCAAGAGGCUAAGAGUAAAUUAACAGAUGAAGCAGUUAAGCAAUACAUGGUGCCUAGGGAUCUAGGUUUUGUGAUGAAUGUAAAAUAGCUGCACAUGCAUUAUUCUAUUAUGUAUGUAUGUACAUAAACUUAGCGCAAGUUUCCACAUUUCCAUCAGUUAAUUUAAUUUUAUUUAUUUUAGAAACACAACAAAUUGUUUCUCGAAACAAUGUGUAUUUCUUUUUUUUAAGUCGAUUAAAUUGCUUUUAUAAAGACAUUUAUAAUCCUACCAAUCCUUUCUGUACUUGCGAGAAUAGCUGAAAAAUAUGAACUGUAUAUUUUUUUUUAAGAAGAUAUCACUCUCGUAUAGACGAUACUUAUGUACCGUACAUACGAAAAGAUUAUUGAAAAUAAAAAAUCUUCGAAGAUUA